UCAGGUGUGCACAGGGUGUAUGGGCAUGCAGGUGUGCACAUGUGCAUAGUGUGUGUAUGGAUUCAGGUGUGCACAGGUGCACAGUGUGUGUGGAUCCAGCUGUGCACAGGGGGUGUGUGGAUCCAGCUGUGCACAGGUGUGUGUGGAUCCAGCUGUGCACAGGUGCGUGUGGAUCCAGCUGUGCACAGGUGUGUGCGGGCGCGUGCUGCGGGCGUUGGAGGCUCGUGCCCAUGCCACGGAGCACACGGGUGCACAGGGCUGUGUGGCUGUGCUGCACGUGGGUGUGGGAGCACGUGGGUGUGAGUGGGUGCUGCUCAAAGCCCUAGUCUGGCCAGGUUUCCCCCCAGAGCUGCAACGUUUCUGCUCCCCUCCCCAGGGAAGCAUUGUGAUGCCUUUACUGGCUAUUCGUGGCUUACUACUAGGUUACUAUUUGCUUCCUAAGAAGCUGCUGCUCAGACACUACAGGGAUAUCCUCAGUAACCUUUGAGUUACUGAGUGAAAUACUAUCAACACACAGCUGAGAUGCUGCUGGGAUGCUGCUAAGAUCCUAUCAUGAGUUUAGUGGAAUGUGGACACGUUACUCUGCAGACUGUAGUAAGGAACUUAGAGGGUGGCACUAAGAUUCUCUCAGGAUACUAUGUGGAUGCUAGCGGGCUGCUGUGAGAACUCUACUGAGGUACUGUCAGGGGACUACCAGGAUUCUAUCAGGACACCACUAAGAUAUUUCCAGCAUAUUUCCAGGGCUGAUACUGAAAUACUCAUAUGAAGGUACCACUGGAGCAGCUCACGCACUGUCCAGUUGCUCUCAGGGCAUGUUGAAGUGUAAUUUGCUUUCACUGUACUUAUAUGGCAGUAAGAUAAUAUCUGGGUAUGACUCUGCAUUAUCAAGAUUCUCCCAGGACACUAUGAAGAUAAUAGCUGUAUGCCAUUACACCACUCUUAGGAUCCUACCAGGACACUCCUUAUAUAUUUAUAUACUGUGGUACUAUCAGGGCACUGUGAAGUCUGGAACUAGGAUGAUGUUGGGAUGCUCCUGACAUGGCAUCAGGAUAUUCCUGCCUGUGCUAGUACAACAUCAGGGCAAUGCUGAGCUACUCAGUGGCUGCUACUAUGAUAUUCUAGGUGUAGCAAAAAGCUAUUAUCAGGAUGCUGCUAUCAGGAUACUGUCUGGGUACUCCAAAGAUGCUGCUGAGAUCCUUUCACAAUUCUAAUAAGGCACUGCUAGGAUACUACAGGGCCAUUACUAGAGGGCCGUCACAAAACUACUAAGGUGCUAUCAGGACAGUACUCAUUUUUCAGUAGAACGCUCACAGGAUGCAAGUGGAAUAUCAGCAGAAUACUCCCAAGAUACUACAAGGGCACUAGAGAAGUUAGUGGCAAGAUAGUUCUGGUAAGAUAGUUGCUAUCAGGGCAAUGCUCAAACUUUUGGGGUACUAUCACCCCGUUACUGAUACUAGUAUGAUACUUUCAGGCCACUGUUAAGAUAGUGAUACAAUAUAAGGAUACCAGUAAGAUACUAUCACUUCAGGGAAAAAGGUAAUGUUAUGAUGAUUUUACAUACUAUCAGAGUAUCGCUUUGUUGCUACUAGUACGUUACUGCUAGAAUAAUGUCAGGAUGUCAGCAUCUUUCUAUGAAGACAGUACUAAGAUCCUGUUAGGUCACUACUAGGAUACUGCAGAGAUAUUGUUGGUUGUGUAAUAGCCCUGGCAGUAGAGUUUCAGUCAGCACAGCAGCAGCAAAGGGAAUGGGGAGCCCGGUGGUGUAACCUGUUAGUAGCCUGGUGCCUCACAGGCACCCUCUCCCCGCAGCUAAGGCAGCACAUCGGUGUUGAGGAGGAUGGAGGCACCCUUGGUGAGCCUGGAGGAGGAGUUUGAGGAGGGGCCCGGGGACGAUGGGGGGACCCUGCAGCGCCCUGCGGACCCAGCGCUGGCGGAGCUGGAGAGCUUCUCGGCCGAGAUGAUGAGCUUCAAGUCGAUGGAGGACCUGGUGCAGGAGUUCGACGAGAAGCUCACCGUCUGCUUCCGCAACUACGACGCUGCCACCGAGGGCCUGGCCCCUGUGCGGGGGCACCUCCAGGCACAGGAGGAGGAGGAGCGCCUCCAGGAUGAGGAGGUCUGGGAUGCUCUCACUGAUGGCUUUGCCCCCCGGAGCUCCCCUCGGCCGUGGCUCCCUGGCACUGAGGCCCCCGAUGGCACCAACCCCCAGCUUGGUGGGAAGGAGGAGGAGGAGGAGGAGGAGGAGGAGGAGGAGCUCACUGAGAGGAGUGAGCAGGACUUGGGCAUCAACGAAGAGCCGCUGCUGACAGCUGAGCAGGUCAUCGAGGAGCUGGAGGAGCUGAUGCAAAGUUCGCCUGACCCUGAGGCUGACCCCGAGGGUGAGGAGGAAGAGGAGGAGGAGGAUGAGGAGGAGGACACUGAGGCUGAUGCUGAUGGUGAAGGUGGAGGCGGGGGCACAGAGCCCAUCCUGCUGCGGGAGCUGCGUGCUUUCUCCCCUGCCUUCAACAACAACUGCUCCCACGAAGGGCUGGGCCGGCUGUCGGCGCGGGAGCUGGCGGCGGCGGCGGGCCGGGCCGAGGCGGCAAGCCGGGCGCUGUCGGCGGAGCUGGUGGCACAGCUGGCACGGCGGGACGAGCUGGCCUUCGAGAAGGAGGUGAAGACGGCGUUCAUCGGGGCGCUGCUGGCCGUGCAGGGCGAGCAGCGGGAGCAGCGAGAGGCCGCCCGGCGCCGCCGCCGGGACAAGGGGCUGAGCCUGCAAGGGGGGCGUCCCGACCGCGGGAACCACAUGCCCCGGAAGCGCUUCAGCAUGGAGGGCAUCUCCAGCAUCCUGCACUCCGGCCUGCGCCAGACUUUUGGUCCUACCACCAACGAGAAACAGUACCUGAACACAGUGAUUCCCUACGAGAAGAAGGGCUCACCGCCCUCCGUUGAGGACCUGCAGAUGCUCACCAACAUCCUGUUUGCCAUGAAGGAGGGGAAUGAGAAGGUGCCCACGUUGCUCACAGAUUACAUCCUCAAAGUUCUCUGCCCGACCUGACGUGGCGCUGCCCUCGCAUCCCCACCCUGGCGCCCCCCAAAAUGGGGCCAAACCCUAGGAAAACGGGUCGCCCGUGGCUCCCCCCCCCGCACUCCUCCCUUUGCACAGCUGGGAAUAAAGGAUUCCUUACAUUAAUUAGGCAA